AUGGGUCUACCUACCAAAUCAAACGUGUGUACACUAACCGUCGCUGAACCUGCACUGAUCUAUAGGCAUAUGCACAUCACACGCAAAUGCAUAUUACAAGUCUCUGAGUCACAUGAUACAUUGCCGUUCCACCUCCGUUUCAUUAACACACGCGCACUCACUGGCGCUAUCGCAGAAUCGUUUGUGCUGCUGUGGAAGAAGACAGAGGAUGGUGAAGAGAAUAUUCUUGUGGAAAACAAAAAGAGCGAACUCAAGGAAAUGAAAUCGUCUAUGCGGGACAAGGGGUCGAAGUUCUUGAUCCAGAAAUCAAUCUCUUUCCCUCGAUUGACGAUGGUGGACUGUAUAUUCAAAGUCAAAGCUAGCACUCCGGUAGAAGUAUGCAGCAUCGCUCUGUGAUUCUCACAUGAUGACCUUAAUGCAUAUACAUCCUUAGUGCAUAAAGAUGCAUACAUUGGUACACAUGCAUCAUCCUGCACUGCGACUAGUAUAUUUACACAUACCAUGUAUAUAUACGAUAAUUGUGAGAGAGACUAUGUACUUGUGUGAG